UACCUCGCUGGGAGUCCAACUCAGUCCUCCGUUUUCAACCUCGUUGAGACUUGAGAGCUUAAGUUUUAUCUUCAAUGGCGUCCAUCAACUUCAACCCUUUCGAAAGCUGGUUCGGAAAACCCCUGAAGCCACUUCCUCCCCUGAACCUCCUCCGGCUCACGGACUCAUUCUUCCUCAAGACCCAAACCUCUACGAAAUUCGCCUCACUCAGCGCCUCCAACCUCUUCGAUCAAGCCAAAGAGCCUGUAAACAAGAAUUCUGACGAACCCAAGUCCGAAAAUUCUGAGCCCGAAGAGGAGAAGGGUCAUUUCGGAAAAAUGCUGGACCAGUACUUCUGGGAAUGUGAGAACUUGCCGGAUUACAGGUACACCCCAGAAGUGGAGAAGAUUCUAAACGACGACCCUUUUUUUGAAAAGAAGGAAAACCCAACCGAGGAAGAGAUUAGAGAGAACGAGAAGUUGUUGGAAGCGAUCAGGGCUAAUCCAGUUAUGAAGUUUUUGGUCCAAGCAGAGGAGAUUGCGGACAAGUACAAUGAAAUGGAGCUCAAAGAGAACGAGAAUCCGUACAGAAGAGAGGACAGGAAGCUAUGGCGAUCGGUGCCUCAUGUUCUUGGCCUCGACGGCCGGCCUAUGCCUAGGAAGGCCAUAAAGACGAGAGAGGAGUCUGAUGAUAAGUUCUGGGAUUUCGCCAGGCAGUUCUUCUUUGGGCUUUGGGGCUUCAGGCAGAGGCCUUACCCUUCGGGGCGACCCAUUGAUGUUGCUCAGGCAAUUGGGUACAAGCGGCUCGAGAAGCGAUACUAUGACUUUAUCAUGAGGAGUGGUGGAUUUUACUAUAAGGAUCGCUUGGGUCGUACUCGGGGACCUUGUGAGUUGAUAACCCUCAAGACUGCGUGGGGUGGUGGCAUUAUUGAUAAAGACACUUUCAUUUGGGCUGAAGACAUGGAUGAAUGGGCACCAAUUCACAUGGUUUACGGAAUGGAGCGUGCAGUUGCCACUUGGGAAGUUAGGCUUGGUGCUGCUGCUACUGCUUUUCUUCACAAACUACAAAAAGGAAUUCCUCCUUGGGUUCCUCUAAAGGGACGUGAGCCUAAGACUUAUAAGCAGGCUCAAGAAGAAGCUUAUGAAAGCAAAAGACGUGAUUUAGCAGUAUUGAAAGCUAAUGAUGGGAUUUGGCCUGGUGUGAGAAUUCCUAGUCAUGUUCUAUUUCUCUGGGCUGGUGGUUCUGAACUGACAACAAUUCUCGAAGCUGAUCACAUGCCAAACAAAUACAUUCCAAAAGAUGUUAGGCGUCAAUUGGCUGGAAUUAUCCCUGGUCUAAGGCCGUGGGAGGUUCUAAGUGUAGAACAAGCAAUGGAUCAAAUAACGUAUGGUGGGGAAUGGUACCGUGAACCUCUUGGUUCAUACACCACAGGCCCUCCAUACAUUCAGGAGUGGAACAAGGAAGUCAUGAGACUGAUAGAUGUUUAUACAUUGCUUAGCACCCAUGUUUACGAAAAACUGAAACAGACAAUUCCUGGUUUCGAUACUGUACUUGAAAGUGUCCUUGCUGAUGCAUCAGUGAGGGAAAAGAAAAGGAAGGAGAAGAGGGCAAGAGAGAAGAAAGAACAGGAGGAGAAAGAAUUGAUUCGUCGGCUUGCAGGUGGUCGGUAGCAUCACAAGAAUCAACCAAUUUUGAGUUAGUGGCAAACAAGAUUCCACCUUCACUUCAUGGAAAAUUUACUUGUGAGUACCUCUUUUGAAAACAAAAGACGAGCUUUGGUUCAUCAAAAUGCUUGUCUUCCUUGUACUGGUUAAUUCUACCAACCAUAUCUUAGACUGAACCAUGCAAAUAGCAACUUCAGAUCAUGCUUUGGAUUAUAUAAUAAGUAGAUAUAGGUUCUCUUUGUUCACUUGAUUUUGACUGCACUACAUAUAGUGUAUACAAGUAUCAAUCAAACUAAUUAUGGGGUUGUUUCUAUGGAUAAAUCAUGUUCUGAGCUCCAUCUACAACAUAUCAUGAGCUUUAUUUUAGGCUCUCUAGUUACACUGCUAUUUUAUAAUCAUGGAAAGAACUCAAGAAGGCAGGCACUGCUUGUUGCUCAUGUUUACCUUGUUGUAAAACGUAUUUUCCUAACAGUUGGCUUCAAAUUUGCUAUACCUGGACUGGACAUUAGCAUUAUCAAAGUUGUCCAAAGUUUUUGUAUUCAUCAAGUACGAUGAACUUUGUUUAUAAUCAAGCAAAUUUGGUUGGAGUU